UGGUGAGGCCUGGGCCUGAAAGGACCUGUCACCACCAUGGAUUCCCUUUACUAUUAUCAUGUCCAUCGAAAUUGAACUGUCAACAAAAACAAACAACCUUAGCUUUCAUUAUAUUAAAUCUUCUUUUCUUUCUCGUCUGAAUCUUUUCUCUGUUUCCUCCUUUUUGUGUCAAUCUCAGUUGUUGCCAUUAACAAUUCCAGAAUCAAACUCUCUGUUUCGGUUCUUUUCAUAAAGAAUGACAGAUAAUGCAAUUUGUCUUUCUUCAAUGUAUCUUCUGUUAUUAUGAAAAAAAAACAGCCCUGUUCUUCAAUUUCCAGAUUUUGAAUAUUUUUCAAAAUCUCUGUUUUGAAACAGGGCAUUGAUUUUGGAAUAGGAAGAAGAAUGAGAUUCAGAUUCAGGAGUCAUAAGAACCCGGGUUUUAUAUAUUCUUCAAUUCUAGGAUUUUUCGUAGUAAUCUGUGAUUGGUUAACGUGAAAAUUUAUCAGAGAAUUUGUAAAUUGACCAAGAGAAGAAGACAAUUGGGUUAGAGAUGGAAGCACCAACGAGGCAACAAAGCUUUCGUCGUAAAAAAAUGACGAAGCAAUUGACAGGGAAACGAGGCGAUACUCCGUUACAUUCUGCGGCGAGAGCUGGUAAUUUAGCUGAGAUUAAAGCAAUUUUCUCUGGGUCUGGAAAUGAAAAUAUGAAGGAAGUGUUGGAAAAGCCUAAUCAAUAUGGGGAAACGGCGCUUUAUGUUGCUUCUGAGUAUGGUUACGUUGAUGUUGUUGAAGAGAUGAUCAAGCAUUAUGAUAUCGGUUCGGCUAGUAUUAGAGCUCGCAACGGUUAUGAUGCAUUUCAUAUUGCUGCUAAGCAAGGGGACUUGGAGGUGGUGAAGAUUCUCUUGACUGCGCUUCCGGGACUCUCUAUGACCGUGGAUCUAUCAAAUACGACUGCAUUACACACAGCUGCAACACAAGGGCAUACAGAAGUGGUGAAUUUCCUACUGGAGCAGGAUGGAAAUGUGGCGAAAAUUGCAAAGAGCAACGGGAAAACAGCGUUACAUUCUGCAGCAAGGAAUGGUCAUGUGGAAAUUGUGAGAGCCCUUCUAACAAAAGAACCAGGAAUAUCAACCCGGACGGAUAAGAAGGGGCAAACUGCACUUCACAUGGCGGUAAAAGGUUCGAAGAUUGAGCUGGUGGAGGAGCUUAUCAGGUUGGAUCCGUCUUUAGUCAACAUGGUAGAUUCCAAAGGAAAUACAGCAUUGCACAUAGCAACUCGGAAGGGCAGGGUUCAGAUUGUUAGGAUGCUACUAGAGCACAAAGGAACUGAUACCAAAGCUGUCAACCGGUCGAAGGAAACUUCCCUAGACACUGCAGCAGUAACGGGGAAUUCUGAAAUUAGGGCCAUCCUACAAGAGUAUGGUGUUCAGAGUGCCAGUUCUCUCAAGCCUAAACCCAUGGCUAAAGAGCUAAAGCAAACAGUAAGUGAUAUAAAACACGAAGUCCAUUACCAGCUUGAACACACCCGUCAGACCAGAAAGCGUGUGCAAGGAAUUGCAAAGCAACUCAACAAGAUGCAUUUAGAAGGUCUCAACAAUGCAAUCAACUCCACAACAGUUGUCGCAGUCCUAAUAGCCACAGUUGCUUUUGCCGCCAUUUUCCAAGUCCCAGGUCAAUUUGUUACAGACCCAGACAAUAUUCCUCCUGGUCUGGAGCUCGGUGAAGCUAACAUCGCCCCAGAUGUACCAUUCAUGAUAUUCUUCCUCUUCGACUCGGUUGCUCUCUUCAUAUCUCUUGCAGUUGUUGUUGUACAAACUUCGGUAGUAAUUAUAGAGCGGAAAGCAAAGAAACAGAUGAUGGCAGUCAUUAACAAACUAAUGUGGUUGGCAUGUGUUCUUAUAUCGGUAGCGUUCUUGGCAUUAGCAUUCGUUGUGGUGGGUAAACACGAAAAAUGGCUGGCAAUUGCAGUUACAAUUAUUGGUACAGUAAUCAUGGCUACGACGUUAGGUCUAAUGUGUUAUUGGGUUAUACGGCACCGAAUUGAAGCCUCAAAUUUGAGGAGUAUCCGGAGAAAUUCCAUGGGUAGUAGGUCAAGAUCAUGGUCAAUGUCAGCUGCUUCUGAUACAGAGCUUACUGAUUAUAAGAAAAUGUAUGCAAUUUGAGAUUUUUCAAACUAAACAAAGAUUACAUUCCUUUGGUUCUGUCUUA